AUGUCUUUGAUCUCUAGCAGUUUGUAUCAAAAAUCAAUAGCUGUUGUUGUUGUUGUGUUCUGGUCAAGUAAUCAUCAAGAUGGAACACCCUUUUUGCUUAAAGAGAUAAAAGGGUUUAGUUAUCAAGAACAUGUGAAUGGUUUUAGCUUUGGUUUCAGUUUGAUCUCUGAUGACAUGCUUAACUCCUCUUCAUCAUCCGAGCUUAUGAACUUCGACUCUUUCGUCACAUGGUGUGACAACCCCUCUGAGACUGAUACCUUGUUCGCCCAGUAUGGUCUAACGACCUCCCAACCUAUGCCCUUUGGAGCCACCACUUCAUCUCAUGCAGCUGAGCUGAGAAGUUAA